AUGGCGUACUCGUCAUUCACACAGCGACAGUUUUCCCGGAGCAGCACGAGCGGGUCGACAAUCAUUGAGCAAACGAUGUCUUCAUCAAGCCCCGGCCACGCCCGUCGCCUGUUCGACGGAAUGCCUCCUAAGAAGAAGCGCAAGAGUCCACCGCCGGUGAGCGUCGCGGACCGUAUCAGCGCCCUCCCCGACAGUCUCCUCCACCACGUGCUCUCCUUCCUCCCAGCGCAGGCCUCCGUACGGACGUGCGUGCUUGCUCGGCGCUGGCGCCACCUCUGGAGGUCCACCACAGGCCUGCGCAUCGUCGGCCUUGAUGACGAGGUGGAAUUAGAUGUUGAAGAUCUCCGGAAGUUCGUGGACCAUCUGCUGAUCCUGCGUGAGCGCACCGACCUAGACUCUGUCGAGAUCAAAUUCGAUGAAUUCUGUGAGGAAGACCAGCCCUAUGUGAAAACAUGGGUCCGUUUCGCUUUGAUGUGCAAAGUUCGCACGCUCACCCUUCAUGUCGGUGCCUCUGAAUAUCUCGACCUAGACGACCUGCCUCUUGUCUCUCGGCAUCUGAGAACAUUAGACCUUGAUGGUGUAGGCCUACAAGCGACCUUUCUUGAUUUUGGUACAUGUCCAGUAUUGCAGGAUCUGAAGAUGAGUCAUUGCAACAUCAAUGCUUGUAGGAUAUCCUCCCAUUCCCUAAAGCAUUUGACCAUCUAUUGCUGCAACAGUGACUUCGAUUGCCGGAUCCAUGUUUCUACUCCGUGCCUUUUCUCUCUGGAACUUAGUCAUUUUUCUGGUAGAACACCGAUUCUUGAAAACAUGGCGUUGCUAGAGAGUGCACAUGUGUAUCUUAGCGAUUACUGCCAAGAUGUCUGUUUGAAUUAUGACUCUGGUGUUUUCUGUGGAGCUAAUAAUAAUGCAUGUAAGAAUUGUGUUCCUACUGAAGACGAUUGCAGCAGAGAAUAUGUUCUUCUGGGUGGUAUCUCAAAUGCUAAACACCUGAAGUUGCUACCUGGAAGUAAAACGUUCAUUUUUGCAAGAGAUUUAAAACAAUGCCCAACAUUUACCAAGUUAAAGACUUUGUUGCUCAAUGAGUACUGGUGUGAGGGUCCUGAUUUGGAUCCGCUAGCUUGCAUUCUGAAAAAUUCACCAGUUCUAGAGAAGCUCACUCUUCAACUCUUUUCCAAGGGACCAACUCAUAAAGUUGAAAUGAAAGGAACCUACAGUUCAGUUGAGGGACCAGCUGCAAUAUCUGAGCACCUUCACAUGGUUGAAGUCAAGUGUAAUGUGGUCGACGAAAAAAUUCUUAAAGUUUUGAAGUUCCUGACUGCAUUUAACAUACGAUUCGGUUUCGUGUAAGGGCGAGAAGAUGUGGGCUGCCAAUGGAUCUGCAAUCCCUGGCUAGAAAUACGAGGCCUAAGCAUAUAUGGUGCGAC